UGGGAUAGCCAGCUGACGGCGGCCGGCCGGCGUUCUGCUUUGGCCGGCGUGUUUCUGCGGUGAGUGCACGGCGCGGCGGACGGCGCGGCGAGCGCGACGAGCGGCGGCGAAAAUGGCGCAGACCGAGCAGCUCCAAAUAUCCAGAGCGGCGCCCAAUCAACCAUGGGGCUUUCGGCUGCAGGGCGGAAAGGAUUUCAACAUGCCCAUCAUCAUCCAAAAGGUGAACGCCGGCAGUCCGGCCGAGAAGGCCGGUCUGCGGGCCGGUGACGCCGUCAUCAGUAUCGGCGGCCAGAACGCCAUCGAAAUGCGUCACAAGGAGUGUCAGGACGCCAUCAUCCACUCCGGCAACGCCAUCAGCAUGGAGGUGCAGAGGGGAGGUCUGGCCUCGCUCCGCCCGCCGGGUGCCGCCCAGCAGCAGCCUGUACCCAAGGACUCUACGGACAGUUCCGGUACGCGGCCUGGAGCUCAGCCGCAGCAGAAACAGGAGAACAAGCCGCAAACUCCCGUGCACAUGCCGACCCAGCCGCCGAGAAACAGGAACCCGUUCAGGGUCAUCAAGAACGUGGACACUGCGGACGGUUCGGUGAAGGCGCUGGUUCACAACCAGUUCAACUCGCCGAUGCCACUCUACUCGGAAGAGAAGAUCGCAGAGACCCUGUCCGCGCAGACAGAGGUGCUGGCCGGUGGAGCGCUGGGCGUCGACUUCAAGAAGAACGAGAAGAAAUACGACGGCAACAUGUCUGAGGUCCUGAAAAUGGUCCAGGACAUGGAUCAGAACCCGCAGUCGCACGCAGAGCCGCCGGAGGAGGCAGUCGACUCCGCUCCGCUAGAUCCUGAUAACAGCGGGCUAAACUCCAUCAAAUCGCGCAGUAUGCGGUCACUGAUGGUCAAACCUGACGGCCACGGAGCCCCUCAGACGAGCGUGCACGCGCCCAGGAUCAUCCCGCAGCAGCAGACCAAGGUGCCGCCUCCAGUGGCUCCCAAACCGGCGGCACCCAUGUCACCGCAGCCCGCACCAAUGGCGCCGCAGGCCGCCCCUGCCAACCGAGGACCCCCAGGAAUGCGCUCGACUUCCGCCACGAUGAUAAAGACAGACCCGUCCACGGGCUCUGUCAAACUGGUGACGGCAGUUGACACGGAGACGAAGCAUUUUAAUGCUUUCAACCGCACCCCACAAUCUUUCAAGGACAAAGCGGCCGCGUUCGGCGGCACUAAGGACCUUCCGCCGGCGGUCGUCCCUCCGCCAGUCACAUCUCCCGAGCCCCGUCCGCCGGCGGUCGUCCCCUCUCCGGUGGCGUCUCCCGAGCCCCAGCCGAUCGUGGCCUCACCGCCUCCGGCACAGCUGGAGCCAGAGCGUCGCGUCUCCUUCCCUGAAGAAACCUCCUUGGUGACGGAUGAAGACGUUCAGCAAGGCCUCCCACAACAGCAGCAGGUCGAUCAGCAGCAGCGUACUGAAGGCCACACUCUGGAGGAUCGCUUCGAACGCGUCCUGAACGCCGGGGGUGGUUCCACGACUCAGGUGGAGCACGCGGAGUCUCACGAGUCUCAUGAGUCUCACCAAACGGUGGCUACUUCGGUGGAGACGGUUGGAGGGACGACGGUCACGCGCACACGAAAAGUCGUGGAGUCACGUGAACAGGAGCAGAAAAUGUACCAGCGCGAGACCCGCGUGGAGGGCGGCCAAUCGACGGGCGCGUUGCAGUUCCCAGGCCAAUCAGCGGGCGCUUUACAGUUCCCCGGCCAAUCAGCGAUCGCGUCACAGCUGGGCAGCCAAUCGGCGUCCGGGUUCCAGAUUGAGGACUGUCACGCUGGCAAGCCUCCUGUGGACUCUCAUGCUGAGCCCACUGUAAGUUCUCCGACGGAGAACGUGCAGAGUUCUCCGUUUGAGAACGUCCAGGGCUCUUCUCUGACUCCAUCGGCGUCUGCCGAAAUUGAGUCGGUUAUUAUUCCGAAAGAACCACCGGUGGAGGCUCCCAAGCCUCCGACGAAGGCUACGCCGUCUCCGGCUGCCGGGAGCUACCAGCCCAUCUCUGCUCCCGCUCCGGCUCCGGCUCCGGCCCCGGCUCCGGCUCCGGCUCCGGCUCCGGCUCCGGCUCCGGCUCCGGCUCCGGCUCCGGCACCCGUGUCGCAGCCGUACCAGACGCAGCAGUACCAGCAGCAAACCCAGCAGUUCCAGCAGCAGUCCACGCAGCAGUUCCAUCAGCAAUCCUCCCAGCAGUCCACCCAGAAGUCCCACUUGUACGGAGCGGGAUCGUCGGGAAUCUCCCAAGUGGAUUACACCAGCUAUGUGCCCCAGAGAAAAGGUGGCACCACAUUCGCAUGGCCUCCGAAGCCUACAGAAGUCGACUCGGCUCCCCAUCCAUUCGCUGGAGGCCACGUCGAGGUCUCGCACCCCGCCCUGGCUCCCGCGCCCGCUCCUGCCCCGGCUCCGGCCCCGGCCCCGGCUCCGGCUCCGGCCUUUGUCCCGAAGCCGGCUCCGCCUCCCGUGCUGCCCAAGCCGGCUCCCGUCUCCUUCGCUCCGCCUCCGGCUCCCGCCCCUGCUCCUGCCCCUCCCAAACAGGUACACUUCGGACAGCCCUCGUUCGCGCCUGCAGCCGCGCCCAAGCCGGUGGUGCCCAAGCCGGCGGCGCCACCAGCACCAUCUAUCGGCGUCCCGGGGAAGCUCGGCUUCAACGGCGGUCUGCCAGGUCUGAGCGGCCUGGGAACUGGCGGAGGCGGCGGUGGUGGAGGUGGAAAGGGUUCGACGGCGGGGAGGAACGCCCCGCGCCGCGGCCGGGGUACGAUGAACCCGGCCGCCACCGCCGGAUCGCGGAUCCCCGUCUGCCACACCUGCGGAAAUCAGAUCCGAGGCCCGUUUAUCACGGCUCUGGGUCAGUGCUGGUGCCCGGCCUGUUUCGUCUGCGCCACCCCCAACUGCCGCUGCGAGCUGGAGCACAUUGGUUUCGUAGAGGUGGACGGUCAGACGUACUGCGAGAAGUGCUGGGAGACCAGCCUGGCGCCCAUCUGCUUCAAGUGCCAGAAACGCAUCAAGGGGGAUUGUCUGAAGGCGAUCGGCAAAUCCUACCAUCCGGAGUGUUUCGCCUGCGCUUAUUGCGGAGGCCUGUUCGGAAACUCGGCCUUCUUCCUCGAGGACGGACUGCCGUACUGCGAGAACGACUGGAACGAGCUGUUCACCACGAAGUGCGUGGGCUGCGGGUUCCCGAUCGAGGCAGGAGACCGCUGGGUGGAGGCUCUCAACAAAAACUUCCACUCGCAAUGCUUCAAAUGCGCGGUGUGUCGGUGCACGCUGGAUGGCGCCCAGUUCUAUGCGAAGGCUGGGCGAGCCGUGUGCAAGUCCCACGCCGGUCUGUAAAAUGGCUGAUCCAGCCGAGCGCAGAUAUGUGGCAACAACCUGGAAGGACAGAGCUUCUUCGCCAAGCAGGGCCGACCCUUCUGCAAACACCACGCCCGGAUGUAAAUCUACACACUGCUGCGGUGUACUUCUUCACCCUGCUGCGGUGUAUUUCUACACCCUGCUGCGGUGUAUUUCUACACCCUGCUGUGGUGUAUUUCUACACCCUGUUGUGGUGUAUUUCUACACCCUGUUGUGGUGUAUUUCUACCUAGCCGCCAGCCAGUGGUGCGAACGCCUCACAGUAGGGCACCAUAAAGAAGACAAAGAAAAGAUCGUGUUGAUGUUUGAUUUAAAAGUGCCUAAGGUUUCACAACAACGAAGUGGCAUUACCAAGUGCCUUCGACGGAGAUGGUGUGUUCAGGUAGCCUGUGCUUGCAGCUAACGUUGCUUGGUGUGAUUGAAUGAGCCAAUGAAGAGGCUCUGUGUAUGCGGGAGUGGAUCUACGUGUGUUGAGGUGAACACACAGUGCGCACGCUACAUACGCCGAAUACGCAUCGUAUACGCUGCGUGGUACAAUAUCUCAGCGUUCAGCACGUGGAUUAUCAUCUCCGAACAUCGCUUAUGAAGAUCUUCCGGUGCGAUGUAGCGUGUCUUCUGAGGCCCCGCGGAGUAUAAACGUCGCGCAUUCGACGAAUGCAGCGUGCGCGGCGUAUCAUGCAAAUGAGUGCGUGGCAUACCUAUGCUGUGCGUGCGUACGCCCCGGCGUAUGUUAGACGCGUUAGAACUAACGCUACUCACGGUGUGACCACCAAGUGCUGAGCGCUUUCGGCAGCGAAUUUGCCAUCGUUACUAGUCGACUAACCAGGAGUGUUUUCGCCCUCAACCGUCCGCUAGAGUCCGCGUGUGUCGCGUGUUAUAGAAAGUGCUUACGUGUGUGCGUUUUCGCAAUUGUGUGUAUGCGUGUGUAUGAACGUACUGGCGAGUGCUGUUGGCAUGAAGUGGGGGCCCCACAUGCCUAAGGAGUGGAUGCCUAUUGGGUCAGUAUUUUGGAAUGAUGUCUAAACCGAAGUGCCAGGGAAAGGUAUGCCAGCCUUAGCCACCUGCAUAUAUCUCUGGCUCCUAAGGUAGGGCCUUUUUUGAACAGCUUUUCGUGUGUGUUUGAAAACAGCGUCGUCUUAAACGGCGCCGAGUGCCUUGUGGGAAAAACACGCUACACUUAGAGUAAAGUCGUUGCUGUGUCUAGGAAAUAACGAUGAUGCCACGGACAAGAUUCGAUCGUCAAUACUGCCUGUUCAGUAUAAGUCUUGCUUCACCGUUUGCCGUGCGUUAGAUGUCGAAAAUGCGUUCUUUUGCAACCAAACCAGAGGCUUUUGGUUUUCGCUGUAACUAAACAGGAUGUUUCGGUCACAGCAUCUUCUAAUGUCUUUUCCUCGAAAUAUGGCCAUCCUGUAAACGACAUGUUACCAAUAUUUCACAGACUUGUUCGCCAGUGGACCGCCUCUCUAGUCAAUGCUGCGCGCCACGGGCAGCCUGUAGUGUUCGCCGCGGGCAGCCCAUAGUGUUCGCUGCCCCUAGUGUGUUUGUGUGACCCUCGCGCGGCCGUGUUGUUUGCCUCCCGCCUGUGACGGGCGCCGCGCUAUGCCAAUGUGACCGGCGCCUCUGCCUAGCGUCUGCCCCUGUCGGCUCCCGCCCGCGCCCGUCCCACUGGGACACAGGCCGAGAGCGCGGGUGGUGCCCGACAGAAACUGUUCACCCCUAGACUGACCGCUGGUUGUGUCGACCAGAAAAUAAACAUAAAAUAGACGGA